UUGAUUUCCAACGAGAACCUAGUCGAUUACAACUCUGACAGUGAAUAAAUAUGCACCUCGACGAAUCAUUCUCAAUCGCACCAAUUCGGACGAGUUCGGAUGAACGAGUUUCAAAGCAAACAUCCCUUGACAUGGGAAAAUACUUAGCUAAGAAUGAGGGCACCAAUAGAGUCUUGGAUUGAGUCGUGAAAGCGAACUAGUAAGCUGUUUGCAUUUCGGUAACAUUUGCUUGUUGUCAAUGCGACUUCCCGAAUCGGAUACACAAGGUUGUAUAUCCGGAAUCGGAUACCCGAGGAGGAUUGAUAAUGCUGCCGACCUUCAUUGAAACUCAGUGAUCUACCAAGAACAUAAAAAGAAUCAGGUAUCAUCCAAACGAUUAUCUUCAACAAUCAACAUAUUUGACAACCAAAACCAGCCAGCUUUUCUCUCAUCUCAAAAAUCAUUUCCAGCCACCGCAAACAUGAGUCUCGCCGUUGAACUAAAUGCAGUUUACACAGACUUUCACUCCACCGCUCCAGUAGCAUUGACAGGUCCGAUAAAGAAGUCCACCAGCGACUUCGUGGCCUCCUUCAAUGCUAAUGGCGCGAUCAAAGUUGGCGACAAACUUCCUUCAUUCCGUCUCAGCGACGCUUCGGGCAAAGAGGUCGACAGUGCAAGCCUGAUCGCCAAUGGGCCCCUCCUCAUCACUUUCUACCGUGGAAAUUGGUGCCCAUUCUGCAACUUGGCACUCCGAGCUCUUCAGAAACAUCUCGAAGACUUCAAGGCAAAGGGAGUCACUCUGGUUGCCAUCACCCCCGAGCUUCCUGAUACUUCUCUCUCCACGACUGAGAAGAAUGAGCUAGAGUUCACUGUGUUGUCUGAUGUUGGAAACGUCUUUGCUAAGAAGCUGGGGAUCACCUUCCAACAGCCAAACGAUAUGCGAUCGGUCUUCGACACAAUCGGGAUUAAUUUCAAGGAGCGCAAUGGAGAUGAUUCUCUUGUCGUUCCACUUCCAGCUACUCUAUUGGUUGACAAGAGUGGUGUUGUUCGGAACACCUUCAUCGACCCUGAUUAUGUUCAUCGCCUUGAGCCGACAACUGCGCUGGAGUGGGUUGAUGCGUUGAAGAACUAAAACAAGACCCUGUACUGCAGACUAAGGAUUGCACCCCAAGCACCGGAUUUGAAGGGAGGAGUCACAGCAGACCUGUAGAGACCUUGGAAUGCCGUGAAGCACAACUUAGCAAUGGAUCUUCUCUCGAGGAUUGAGACUUGAGAACCUGGAAUGAUGCAAUGCCACGUGAUUUGAGCAACUGGGAGCUUUCAAGUAAAAAAUAAAGCAGAGCACGGUGCAGGGUAUAGACUCUUGGGGGUCUUAGGGCUUGACUUGGUCUCAUUUGACCUUGACCUUAACAUUGAAGCGUGAAUUUCAGAAAGUCAUGCGUUCACGUGACCGAGACGGUGUGUCUGAAAAUAGUGUAACUGAAGCUACUCCUUUUUAGGAGGACGUUAUGCAGAUGUUUCAUGCAAUUCCCAAGA